GCAAACGCAGGAGUGAAGCAAAUUUUAUUUUUGAUCUCAAACGCCUUACCACUACUAGCACACACAAAUCAGGCAACCAACUUGACUUAAUUUACACACGCAAUUGUACUGCAGAUAACAUUCUGGUACAACCACUACAUACUUCGGACCAUUUCUUCAUUACAUUUACAUUACACUUUGCUUCUCCUGUGCCACCAACCCCCCUACCAGUUACUUUUAGACGAAACCUGCGCUCCCUUUCUCCUUCCCAUCUCUCCUCUGUAGUAUCCUCCUCUCUUCCUUCACCCACCCAUUUCUCAUCUCUGGAUGUAAACGCAGCUACUGAGACUUUAUGCUCUACCUUAACCUCUUGUCUAGACGACAUUUGUCCUCUCUCCUCUAGGCCAGCACGGGCUGCUCCUUCCAACCCCUGGUUAUCUGAGGUUCUUCCUGAACAUCGGACUACACUCAGAGCGGCAGAGAGAAAAUGGCGCAAAUCAAACGAUCUGUCGGACCUCAAACGACAAACUGGAUGCUAAACAGUCAGGUUUCAGGAGGGGCCAUUCAACUGAGACUGCGCUUCUCUCGGUCACUGAAGCCCUGCGAAUUGCAAAAGCCCAUUCCAAAUCAUCAGUCCUCAUUCUGCUGGAUCUAUCUGCCGCUUUUGACACUGUCAAUCAUCAGAUACUCCUGUCCACCCUCUCAUCACUGGGCAUCACUGGCAUUCCACUUCGCUGGUUUGAAUCCUAUCUCACUGGUAGGUCUUUCAGGGUGGCCUGGGGAGGGGAGAUAUCCAAAGCACAUACACUGGUCACUGGGGUUUCUCAGGGAUCAGUUCUUGGACCCCUCCUCUUCUCCACAUACACUACAUCACUGGGUCCCAUCAUACAGGCACAUGGAUUCUCAUACCAUUGCUACGCUGAUGACACACAGCUCUACCUCUCUUUUCAACCAGAUGAUCCAACGGAAGCUGCAAGGAUCUCAGGUUGCCUGGCGGACAUCUCGGCAUGGAUGAAAGAACAUCACCUUCAGCUCAACCUGGCAAAGACUGAGCUUCUUGUCCUCCCUGCCACUCCGACUCUACAGCAUGACUUCACGAUCCAGUUAGGUUCAUCAACAAUAACCCCAUCAACUUCGGUCAGAAAUCUUGGUGUAAUCUUUGAUGAUCAGCUGACCUUCAAAGACCACAUUGCAAAGACUGCUCGAUCUUGCAGGUUUGCACUAUAUAACAUCAGAAAGAUCAGGCCCUUUCUGACAGAGCAUGCUGCACAACUUCUUGUCCAGGCCUUUGUCAUUUCUAGGCUGGACUAUUGCAAUGCUCUUCUGGCUGGACUUCCGUCUAACACAGUCAAACCUCUACAAAUGAUUCAGAAUGCAGCGGCACGACUGGUCUUCAACGAGCCCAAAAGAGCCCAUGUUACACCUCUCUUUAUCUCCCUGCACUGGCUACCAGUCGCGGCUCGCAUCAAGUUCAAGACACUGAUGCUUGCAUAUAGAACAACCACUGGCUCAGCACCCGUUUACUUGCACUCUCUAUUAACAAACUACAUCCCCUCCAGAAAUCUGAGAUCUGCUAGUGAGCAACGCCUCGUGGUACCAUCACAGAGAGGCUCAAAAUCACUCUCCAGAACAUUCUCGUUCACCAUUCCUGGCUGGUGGAACGAUCUUCCCACCCCUAUCCGGAAUGCUGGAUCCCUGUCAAUCUUCAAGCAACAACUGAAAACUCAUCUCUUUCGACAGCACUUGACUUCAUCCUAAACUUAAAAAAAAAAAAAAAAUUCUCUUUACUUAUUCCUUCCUUUGGUAGUUUGUAUUUAUUUGAACAAUGCCUGAGACUUGGUGUUGCAAGCACUUCGUCUGUCUGAUUGCCUCUUCAAGAUGAAUCGCUUUAUGUAUUCCCCAAUUGUAAGUCGCUUUGGAUAAAAGCGUCUGCAAAAUGACUAAAUCUAAAUCUAAAUCUAGCUUGGCGCAAGUGCAGCCUCCGCUCCGCCAUGUUGCCAGAUCUAGUUAUUAUAAGCGUCGCUGGACUUGUUUUAAUACUUAAUGUAACAGCAUUAAUAAAGUAAUUAGGGCAUUAAUAAAGU